UUAGAAUAUUUUCUGGGCAACUGUGAAGAAUACUGCCGACUUGUUGGGGAUCUUUGAUAAGGAAGGUGCACGGCGCGCAAGUUUGCUCUCCGGCUGCGUGGUACUGCGGCAGCGACAUCCUCUGUCCCUGGCAAUUCUCUGAGCAACAUCAUCCACAAUGCCGCAGAACGAGUACAUUGAGCGGCACACGAAGCUGUACGGUCGCCGGCUCGAUUAUGAGGAACGCAAACGGAAGCGGGAGGCACGUGAGCCUAAGAAGCGCGCCGCCAUGGCCCGUAAACUGCGGGGCAUGAAGGCUAAGCUCUUCCAGAAGCAGCGCCGCAAUGAGAAAAUUCAGAUGAAGAAAAAGAUUCAGGCACAUGAAGAGAAGAAGGUGAAAAAGACGACCGAAAAGGUUGAGGAUGGUGCACUUCCGCCGUACCUGAUGGACCGUGGCAUCCAAUCGAGUGCGAAGGUGCUCUCGAACAUGAUCAAACAGAAGCGCAAGGAAAAGGCCGGCAAAUGGGAUGUACCGAUUCCGAAGGUGCGCGCCCAGUCCGAUGCCGAAGUGUUCAAAGUGAUCCGCAGCGGUAAAACUAAGCGGAAAGCCUGGAAGCGCAUGGUCACGAAGGUCACGUACGUGGGAGAAAACUUCACCCGUAAACCGCCAAAGUACGAACGUUUCAUUCGCCCAAUGGCGUUACGUUUUAACAAGGCGCACGUGACACAUCCCGAACUGAAAGCCACCUUCCACCUGCCCAUUAUUGGCGUCAAGAAGAAUCCCUCUUCGCCGAUGUACACGAGCCUGGGAGUGAUUACGAAGGGUACCGUGAUUGAGGUGAACAUUUCCGAGCUCGGUCUCGUAACACAGUCCGGCAAGGUUGUGUGGGGAAAGUAUGCUCAGGUGACGAACAACCCGGAAAAUGACGGUUGCAUAAAUGCGGUACUUUUGAUUUAAGGAA